AUGGGACUUAUCCAGCUUAAGAAGUUCGACAUAUUACAUCGGGAUAUGAAACCAGGUAAUAUUCUAAUUAGGAAGCGGACGCCGGAAACCUUCCAGAUUGUUCUUGCAGACUUUGGUUUCGCGGGUAAAUACACAGAAGAGUCCGAGUACUUCUAUGGAACAGCAUGUUAUAAGGCACCCGAAAUCUUCGACGAAUCGGCUAGAGUAGUCGAUGACAGGUCUGAUGUGUGGUCGACAGGCAUUGUUGUGCUUGAGAAGAUGUAUGGGCUUGAUAAAGGAAGGCAUCCCAAGCCCAAAUACGACUCUGAGAGGGAAGAAUGGUAUGCAAACUGGCAGAAGGAAGUGAGGCAGAAGGUUGAAAAUAUCAACUGUGAGUCUGAACUAGGAGGUUUGAUGAAGAUAAUGCUUGAGGGAAUUUUUGUGGAUUGUGGCGAGAGAGUUGAUGCUAAGCGAUGCCAUGGGACUGGCUCGCGAAUCAAGCUAUGGAGGAGGCAUUCACUUCGUGCGCGUUGGUGGAAGUCUUGGGUGAAAUGGGUGGAUGGAACACCAGAAAUGCGACAGACAGAUAGCCAGGGGGAAAGGGAGAGAAAAAGAAAUGUAACAAAUGAGAGUUAA